AUGUCACUCAAUGCUAACGUUGCUUCCAUACCGCCAGAAGUUGUCGCUUCAUGGCCGACACCGAACUAUACCGAUCCCGUGAGAAGAACCUGGAUGCCGGCCUUCAUUCUCGUAUGGCAAAUUACGUCGACUGUCCUUGUUGGUGGCCGCUUUUACCUCCGGGGGAGGAGAAAGGCCGGCUCAUUUGGAUGGGAUGACUUGUUGAUUGCCAUUGCAUGGGUAACGAAUUUUUCGACACGGCUAUACGUCCACUAAGCUGACACAAUACUCUUAGGCACUCUCAGUGGCCGAAAGCGUGUGCAUCUGGAUCGACACCGAAAAAUAUGGACUCGACCGACAUGGAUGGGACAUACAGCCCAAGUGGCUUGCUGCCAUCGCGCUCAAUGGCUGGCUGAUCCAGUUAUUCUUCGUCGUGAGCACGGUCUGCACAAAGAUUUCGGUCCUGCUAUUCUACCGCCGGAUGGUGAACCAUACGCUCGACAAGAGAUGGAUCUGGGCACUUCGAUCUGCCUUGGCUUUCACGGCUGCCUAUGGUAUUGCGAUUACAGUCACCUACCUCUGCACAUGUAUACCACUGGAAGCCGCGUGGGAGAUGUUUAGCAGCACAUAUACAAAAGAGUACUCUUGUAUAAAGCACGGAGGAGCUCUUGCGGUGAUAGCCGGCGCUUUGAGCGUGGUCAGCGAUGUUGCUGCCGUCGCGCUACCUUGGGCGAUGUUGAGCCAUUACAAUCUGGAUGCGUCAAGAAGGCAGAAACUUGCGCUGUAUGCGACUUUCGCUCUCGGUCUACUGUGAGUCCUUCCUCGAUCAAGUCUAUCGAAUUGACUGACACGAGUGGCCAGCGUUUCGGGAGCAGGCUGCGCAAGAGCAUACUACCUCUGGAAGAUCCAGCACUCGUACGAUUUGGCCUGGACAGGCUUCGACCUCCUCGCUUGGGCACUCGUCGAGACCCAACUGGCCAUCAUAUGUGCAUGUGCUCCGGCCUUGCGAGUCUUCUUCCGUCGAUACCUUCGGGAUCCCAUCAAGCGGGGCUUCACCAAUUACAACGGAGCCAGUAAACAACCGACACUGUCAUCAACACACCUCUCGUCAUCGAGACCCCAGCGUGACUCCCGGAACUUCCACGAGCUGAGGGAGCUUGAGAGUGGAAUCCAUGGCGUCGCAUACCCUGCCCCGGUCAUCAAAAGAGAAAGUGAGGAAGUUGAGAGGGCGAGGACACCGCCCAUCACCAAUGCAGAAGAGUACACGAGAUAUGCAGUCGAGCGCGUGAGUCGGCAGGGGAGUUUUCUGGUCAGACCAAAUCCGACAAAGCUUUCGCCACCAGCAAGCUGCGCAGAAGAUUCGGCCAUGGAGGCGUAUGACAACAAUCACAGAAGCAAUGACAAUGUGAGAUGA